AAAUAAUAAUAAUAAUAAUAAUUAAAAAAAACAGUUCACUGACAAUAUAGGACAGCUAAGCCUCAUGAGAUGCAUAGAUAUUUUUAAAAUUUUUUUGGACGAGAAGCCAACAAACAUGAAACAAGUCAGCUUAUGAUACGGAUCAAUCGAUAAAACCAUAAACCCCUGAUAACAACCAACACUGUUGUUGUCAUGUUUCAAUUCUUCUAUUUAUAUUUGUAACAUAUGAUAACAUUGAUACAUUAUUGGCCCAUCAAUUUUUAAUUUUCAACUUUUUAUUGAAAUUCAAUAUAUUGGUCCAAAGUUUUCAUUUUGAGUUUAGCUGAGAAAAAAAAUAUGAUGGAGGUUGUGCUUAUUGCUAUUGCUGCUACACUUGGGAAUCUACUUAUUGGUUGGGAUAGUUCAACCAUUGCAGGGGGUGUGACCUACAUCAAACAAGAAUUUGAUUUGGAAAAGGAUCCAACACUUGAAGGGUUAAUUGUGUCGAUGUCUUUUAUAACUGGAACUGUUGUGACUAUAUUUUCCGGAACAAUAUCUGAUAUGGUUGGAAGACGACCUAUGUUGAUAACAUCGUCUGUGAUGUUUAUCAUUAGUGGUUUGGUAAUGUUGUGGGCUCCUAAUGUUAUUAUUAUUCUUUUGUCGAGGAUAAUCAGUGGCGUUGCCAUUGCUCUUGCUGUUACUUUUAAUCCUCUUUACAUAUCUGAGAUAGCACCACCUGAUAUAAGAGGACAAUUGAACACUCUUACUCAGUUUGCUUGUUCUGGUGGAAUGUUUUUAGCUUACAUUCUUGUUUUCUCGAUGUCCUUGUUGCCGUCGCCUAGUUGGAGAAUUAUGCUUAGUAUUAUAUCUAUUCCUUCUGUUGCUUAUUUUUUGCUGGCCGUGUUUUAUCUCCCUGAAUCUCCUCGGUGGCUUGUUAGCAAAGGUCGAAUUCAUGAGGCUGAGAAAGUUUUGCAAAGACUUCGCCGCGUCGAAGAUGUCUCAGGGGAGUUGGCUUUACUCGCGGAGGGUCUCAGUCCUGGGGGUGAAGACAUAGCCAUAGAAGAAUAUGUAGUUGCCCCAGCUAGUGAGAUCCUUAUAAACCAAGAAGCAGGAAAAGAUUAUAUAAAAUUAUAUGGACCGAAUGAGGGAGUUACAAUGAUUGCUCAACCUGUGAAUGGACAAGGUAGCAUGCUAUCGCGCAGUAUGUUGUCUCAGCAUGGAAGCUAUCCAUCACGCAGUAUGUUGUCUCAGCAGGGAAGCUUUGCAUCUCAGGCAGCUGCUAGUCUCAAGGAUCCUAUUGUCAACUUAUUUGGAAGUUUGCACGAGAGUACUCUCAUCGACAACGGUGGUUCACGCAGCAUGCUUAUUAACAAAUCUAAUAGUAUCUUUAGCAUGGGAGAUCCAGAGGCUAGUCCCUUCGGUACAAGCGACAACCUGCGUGCUCCGCUGAUGUCAUUUCAAGGUGGUGCUGAUAGGGGUUUUGGAUCUAAGGACAUGUUAGGUAUGACAAGCAAUAGCAGUUUGGUUCAUGGAAAUGAUGUCGAAACACCGAGAAAUAGAGACAUCGGUGGAGGUUGGCAAUUGGUAUACAAGUCAACUGAUGAUGCCAUGGGUGGGAAAAGAGAAGUCCAAAGGGUAUAUUUGCAUGCAGAUCCUUCUGCUGCUGCAGUGUCUCAGUCUCCGCACGUUUCGUUUGUUUCAACUUCUGGCUAUGACUUAGACGGCGGUGAAGCUUUUCAGGCCGCUGGUAUUGUCAGCCGGUCAGUUCUUGGAACUAGUGAUGCAUUGACUAUUCCAGAAGCCGCUGUGAAAGGUCCAAAAUGGAAAGCUCUUCUAGAACCCGGAGUCAAGCGUGCUUUAAUUGUCGGAAUAGGACUUCAAAUUCUUCAACAGGCUGCUGGCAUAAAUGGAUUCCUAUAUUAUGCUCCUCAGAUUCUGGAGCAGGCUGGAGUAGGGGACCUUUUAUCAAAUUUAGGCCUCAGUUCAUUAUCUGCUUCUUUUCUUGUUACUAUCAUUACAACUUUCUGUAUGCUUCCUUGUAUAGCUAUUGCCAUAAGGCUCAUGGAUGUUGCUGGCAGAAGGUCAAUCAUGCUGUACACAAUACCCAUUUUGAUAGUGUGUCUCCUAUUACUAGUACUGAAACAGUUUUUCCAACUCAGCGCUAUCCUAGAUGCGGCAAUUUCAGCUAUCAGUGUCAUUGUCUACGAAAGCGUUUUCUGUAUGGGUCUCGGUGUUAUUCCAAACAUCAUAUGUGCAGAAAUCUUCCCAACUAGUGUCCGUGGAAUCUGCAUUUCGCUUACUUCCCUUACAUAUUGGGUUUGUACAUUGGCCGUCACUUUGACAUUCCCGUAUUUGCUCCAACUUCUCGGUCUUAGUGGCGUCUUCUCUUUAUUUGUUGGUGGUUGCAUCAUUUCAUGGAUAUUUGUCUACUUGAAAGUUCCCGAAACAAAGGGCAUGCCUUUGGAAGUUAUUAUUGAGUUUUUUGCUAUUGGUGCAAAGCCGGGUACUGAUCCUUCAGAAAUUGGUAUCAAAGACUAAUUUCUUAAUGAUAUGAAUAUGAUGAUGAUGAUGAUCAUCAUCAUCAUCAGAAGAAGCAUUAAUCAUUGAUAAAUUUAGACUUGUAAUUCGUUUUGAUUCUGCUGAAAGCGAGUUUGAGAGGAUUUUGGUGGAAGAUUGAAGCUAUAUAUAGUGUUUGAACACAUACAAGUAGCUAUUUUUUGGGUUUGAGAGGAAUUUGGUGGAAGAUUGAAGUUGAAGCUAUAUAUAGUGUUGUUGUACACAUAUAAUGUUAUUUCUAUUCAUUCCUUGGCAUCUGGUUUUCGAUUA